AUGAUUCCCGCCUCGCUUCGGCCCGUCGCCCUCACCAGCUGCCCGCGUAAGCUCGUGGAAGGAAUUGUGGCACGACGCAUCCGCGGCACAGUUGAAGCCCAACUUCCUCCCCAGCAAGCUGGUUUUCGCCCUGGUCGCUCCACGCUGGAUCCGUUAGCUCGCCUGUUUGCUUGGACCAUUUCACCGUGGCAAGCGGGGGAAGGCCGGUGCGGUGCUAGUGGGUCACGCUGGGCCUUCGGCUCGGUUGAUCGCGGCCGCAUCCUUCACGCACUCCGCGCGCACAAGGUGGCGCCGUGCAUGAGCCGGUGGGAGGCGAACUUCCUUUCCCUGCCGCGCGGCCAAAAGCCGCGUGUACAAAAUACGCCCACCGCACCGGUUCAUUUCACCCGCGGCGUCCCGCAGGGUUGCGUGCUCGGCCCGCCGCCGCCCACCGUUGCCGCGAACAGCCUCGGUGAGAAACCGGUGUGCAUCCCCAACCUUGAACUUGCUUUCAUCGCCGACGACCUGACCGCCACCACCGAGAGAGGGAGAGGCGCUAUGGAGCGCACGCUGCGGCAAGCGUUGCGUUGCACGCGAAGAUGGGUGGAGCGGAACAAAUAUGGAGCUCAGCGCCGCUAA